UCCCUCUAUAAAUAAAUAAAUAAACUUUUUUAGGAGACGAAGCACACCGCAGGACAGGAGAAGCUUGGGUCUCCUAUCCUCCCCACCCCUCUCUCGGUCUCUUCCCCACCGCGUCUUCGUCGUCUCGUCUUCCUGCCUCCUUCGCCCGAGAAAGGAGAGGUUUGUUAAUGAGCUUUGCGCUCUGUUUACUACGUACUGCACAUGUUUUUCGUUCAUCUGGCCGCGCUUAGGCUUUUAAGUCAACCAGAUCUGCAACGGUACUUUGAGUUAAGAAGCUUCAGAAGUAUCAUGCGUGUUCAGAUUCCUUGAUGCCAUAACGGACAAUAUUUAAUUGCCACCGGCACACACGACUUGCUGUAAAGAUUCCCUGGACCCAUGAUUGGCUGAUAAUUUGAAUGGGGAGCAGCGAGAAGACCGUUACCGCUUACGGCGAGUACACCUACGCUGAGCUGGAGAGGGAGCCCUACUGGCCGAGUGAGAAGCUGAGGAUUUCGAUUACUGGGGCUGGUGGUUUCAUUGGAUCCCACAUUGCUCGCCGUCUGAAGAACGAGGGCCAUUACAUCAUUGCCUCUGACUGGAAGAAGAACGAGCACAUGACCGAGGACAUGUUCUGCCAUGAGUUCCACCUCGUUGAUCUCAGGGUCAUGGACAACUGUCUCAAGGUCACCCAUGGUGUCGACCAUGUCUUCAAUCUUGCUGCAGAUAUGGGUGGCAUGGGGUUCAUCCAGUCAAAUCACUCUGUGAUCAUGUACAACAACACCAUGAUCAGUUUUAACAUGCUGGAGGCUGCACGUAUCAAUGGUGUGAAGAGGUUCUUCUAUGCCUCGAGUGCAUGCAUUUACCCUGAGUUCAAGCAGCUUGACACAAAUGUGAGCUUGAAGGAAUCUGAUGCCUGGCCUGCUGAGCCUCAAGAUGCCUAUGGCUUGGAGAAGCUUGCAACCGAGGAGCUGUGCAAGCACUACACCAAGGACUUUGGCAUCGAGUGCCGCGUCGGCCGCUUCCACAACAUCUACGGCCCUUUCGGAACAUGGAAAGGUGGCCGCGAGAAGGCACCGGCUGCCUUCUGCAGAAAGGCUCAGACAUCCACGGAGAGGUUUGAGAUGUGGGGCGAUGGUCUCCAGACCAGGUCCUUCACCUUCAUCGACGAGUGCGUGGAGGGUGUUCUGAGAUUGACCAAGUCAGACUUCCGCGAGCCAGUGAACAUCGGAAGCGAUGAGAUGGUGAGCAUGAACGAGAUGGCUGAGAUCGUGCUGGGCUUUGAGGAUAGGAAGCUGCCCAUCCACCACAUCCCUGGCCCGGAAGGGGUCCGCGGGCGCAACUCUGACAACACCCUUAUCAAGGAGAAGCUUGGCUGGGCCCCGACGAUGAAGCUCAAGGAUGGGCUGCGGUUCACCUACUUCUGGAUCAAAGAGCAGAUCGAGAAGGAGAAGACGCAGGGGGUCGACAUCGCGGCGUACGGGUCGUCCAAGGUGGUGUCCACCCAGGCGCCCGUGCAGCUGGGCUCCCUCCGCGCCGCCGACGGCAAGGAGGGCCUCUAAAGCGACGACCCAGGGCUGUCUGGCGUACCAUGGCGGGAUAUACUGUUUGCGGUAGAAUAUCACAGUAGCAGCAAAACUAGUACUUUUGGAGGUUCAGACAUGACGGUCGCCUUCUUUUCUAUUUUCCCAUUCAUCGCUCCAUUUAUUUAUGAUGCCAUGCAACUCGUUGAAUUUUUGCUGUACUCCCUUUAUUUGGUCUUGGCCGGCCGGCAAUAAAAUUCUCCCUGUUUCUACUA